AAAUGAAUACUCCAAACGGACGAAAAAUAUUGCGUACAAAUCACACUUCUCUAUUUGCAGUGGGUGGGGAGUUUUAGAGAACCCUCUGAAUUAGGGUUUCAACUCAAAAAUUUCACACGCUGAGUGUGUGUGUGAUUACUUGUGAAUUGUAUAUGUGUUUCUAGGGUUUUGGUUUUGCCCUAAGUUGUUCAAUUUGAUCAGUUUACGGGAAUGGCUGGGAAAACUGUGAUCUCCGACGACGAAGAUGAUGUUGAAGUGUACGAAGAAGAGAGAGAUAAUGAACCUGAUAGAGACCGACUGGAUGGCCGUGAUGACGAUGACGAGGAAGAUGAAGAAGAUGAAGACGGGCGGGAUGAAUACGAGAAAGAUGGGUUUAUAGUGGAUGAUGUCGAGGAAGAAGGGGAAGAGGAGGAAGAAGAUAGAGCUGACAGUGGCGAGCAGAGGCAGAAGAAGAAGAAAAGAAAGAAAAGGGAGUCAGAAUAUGUGCUUGACGAGGACGACUACGAGCUUCUUCAGGAAAGCAAUAUCUCUGUUCCUCGGCCAAAACUGGAGAGCAAGAAGUUUAAGCGUCUGAAAAAAGCUCGGAGGGAUACAGGGGAAGACACCUCUGGGUUUUCUGAUGAAGAAGAGUUUAUCGGAAGUGGAAAGGGAGGGCGUUCAGCAGAGGAGAAGCUCAAACGCAGCUUGUUUGGUGAUGAUGAGGGACAACCACUUGAGGAUAUUGCUGAGGAGGAUGAACAGCUUGAAGAAGAGGAUGCAGACAUCGGGGAAGAGGAUGAGAUGGCUGAUUUUAUUGUUGACGAAGAAGAAGUCGAUGAGCAUGGAGUUCCAUUCAGAAGGAAGAAGCCCAAAAAGAUUAGGCAAACCCCUGGGAUCUCUUCAUCGGCUCUUCAGGAAGCGCAUGACAUAUUUGGUGAUGUUAAUGAAGUUCUGAAUCGUCGCUUGCAAAGUUUAGCAAUGAGGGGAAGGUACGAAGGAUCUGGUGAAAGGAGGCUUGUAGAUGAAUUUGAACCUGUUAUUCUAUCUGAGAAGUACAUGACUGAAAAGGAUGACCAGAUUAGGGAAAUAGACAUCCCUGAAAGAAUGCAGAUUUCUGAGGAAAGUACUGGUCCUCCACCGACAGAUGAGUUGAGUAUUGCAGAAGAGAGAGACUGGAUAUAUAGUCAGCUCGUCUCCGGUGCUGUGCCUCUGUUUAACAAGAGAGGCACAGGAACAGAGGAGCUGAAUGAGCUAUCAGUGAUCAAGGAUGACAUUGCAAGAUUUCUGGAAUUAAUGCAUGUACAGAAGUUAGAUGUUCCAUUUAUUGCUAUGUACCGGAAGGAGGAGAUUUUGAGCCUAUUGAAGGAUCCAGAUCACCCCGAAACUGACAUUGAGAGCUUAAAUGAUCCUAACCAAAAACCUAGAAUAAGGUGGCACAAGGUUCUUUGGACAAUCCUGGACUUGGAUAAAAAGUGGCUUCUUCUUCAGAAAAGGAAGAGUGCCCUUGAGACAUACUACAACAAGCGCUUUGAUGAAGAGUCACGCAGAGUUUAUGAUGAGACGCGGCUUAAUUUGAACAGGCAGCUUUUUGAUUCAAUUACAAAGUCGCUUAAGGCAGCUGAUUCUGAAAGAGAGGUUGACGAUGUUGAUUCAAAAUUUAAUUUGCACUUCCCUGCGGGUGAGGCUGGUGCAGAUGAAGGACAGUUCAAGAGGCCAAAGAGGAAAUCACAGUAUAGCAUUUGCAGUAAGGCUGGCUUAUGGGAGGUUGCGAGUAAGUUCGGCUAUAGUUCUGAGCAGUUUGGCUUGCAGAUAUCUCUGGAAAAAAUGAGAAUGGAUGAAUUGGAGGAUGCAAAGGAAACACCAGAAGAAAUGGCUUCUAGUUUCACCUGUGCGAUGUUUGAGACUCCCCAGGCUGUGCUCAGAGGUGCUAGGCACAUGGCUGCUGUUGAGAUUAGCUGUGAACCUUGUGUACGCAAGCAUGUUCGUAGUAUCUUUAUGGAUAAUGCUGUGGUGUCAACAAGCCCUACACCUGAUGGAAAUGUGGCAAUUGAUUCUUUCCACCAGUUUGCUGGAGUGAAGUGGUUGCGGGACAAGCCGCUUUCAAGAUUUGAGGAUGCACAGUGGCUUCUAAUUCAAAAGGCUGAAGAGGAAAAGCUCCUGAAAGUUACCAUUAAGCUACUGGAACCAAUCCUUGAUAAGUUAAUAAGUGACUCUAACGAUUAUUAUCUGAGUGAUGGUGUGAGUAAAUCUGCUCAAUUGUGGAAUGAGCAGAGGAAACUGAUCCUUAAAGACGUGUUUUCUAAUUUUCUUCUACCUUCAAUGGAGAAGGAAGCAAGAUCCCUGUUGAUUAGUAGAGCUAAAAACUGGUUGCUCUGGGAUUAUGGAAAGCUUUUGUGGGACAAAGUUUCUGUGUCACCAUAUCAACGAAAAGAAAAUGAUGCUAAUUCUGAUGAGGAAGCUGCACCCAGGGUUAUGGCUUGCUGUUGGGGCCCUGGGAAGCCAGCAACAACUUUUGUGAUGUUGGAUUCAUCUGGAGAAGUUUUGGAUGUUCUGUACGCGGGAUCGCUCAGUCUUCGUGGUCAAAAUGUUAAUGAUCAGCAACGUAAGAAAAAUGAUCAGCAGCGGGUUCAGAAGUUUAUGAUGGACCACCAACCGCAUGUUGUUGUCCUUGGAGCUGUGAACUUGUCUUGUACUCGGCUGAAGGAGGAUAUUUAUGAGAUCAUCUUCAAGAUGGUGGAAGAUAAUCCUAGAGAUGUUGGUCAUGAGAUGGAUAAUCUAAACAUUGUAUAUGGUGAUGAGUCUCUUCCACAUCUGUACGAAAAUUCCCGCAUCUCCGCAGAUCAGCUUCCUGGACAAGCUGGUAUUGUCAGGCGAGCUGUGGUUCUUGGGCGCUAUCUUCAAAACCCAUUAGCGAUGGUUGCGACAUUAUGUGGACCAGGAAGGGAGAUAUUAUCCUGGAAAAUUAAUCCUCUGGAGAGCUUUCUUACUCCUGAUGAGAAAUAUGGGAUGGUGGAAGAAGUUAUGGUGGAUGUAACAAACCGAGUGGGUCUUGAUAUCAAUUUGGCUGCUAGUCAUGAAUGGCUGUUUGCUCCUCUGCAGUUUAUUGCUGGGCUUGGACCUAGAAAAGCAGCAUCUCUGCAGAGGUCUUUAGUAAGAGCAGGAGCAAUUUUUACUAGAAAAGACCUACUGACAGCUCAUGGUCUUGGUAAAAAGGUGUUUGUCAAUGCAGUUGGAUUCCUGCGAGUCCGACGCAGUGGAUUGACUUCUAGCAGUAGUCAAUUUAUUGAUUUGUUGGAUGACACGAGGAUACAUCCAGAGUCCUAUGGCCUUGCACAAGAGUUGGCCAAAGAUAUUUAUAGGGAGGAUGGCAAUGAUGAUGCAAAUGAUGAUGAAGAAAUGCUAGAAAUGGCAAUUGAGCAUGUUAGAGAAAAGCCAAAUCUAUUAAGGUCAGUUGAUAUCAACGAAUAUGCUGAACAGAAGAACCGUCUGAACAAAAAAGAAACCCUUAAUGAUAUAAGAUUGGAGUUGAUGGAAGGCUUUCAAGAUUGGCGCAGACCAUAUGUAGAACCAACUCAAGAUGAUGAGUUUUUCAUGAUUUCUGGAGAGACAGAAGAAACAUUGUCUGAAGGAAGAAUUGUGCAGGCAACAGUUCGCAGAGUUCUAGCACAGAAAGCAACUUGUAUCCUUGAAUCUGGAUUGACAGGUUUGCUUAAUAAGGAAGACUACACGGAUGAUUGGAAGGAUAUUGAUGAGCUGACUGACAAGCUGCGUGAAGGCGAUAUUUUAAGUUGCAUAAUCAAAUCAAUUCAGAAAAAUCGAUGUCAGGUUUUUUUAACAUGUAAAGAGAGUGAAAUGAGAAAUAACCGCUUCCAGAAUCAUCAAAACAUGGAUCCGUAUUAUCAUGAAGAGCGCAGCGGCUUGCAGAGUCAGCAGGAAAAAUCUCGUAAAGAGAAGGAGCUUGCUAAGAAGCAUUUCAAGCCUAGGAUGAUAGUUCAUCCACGUUUUCAGAAUAUUACUGCUGAUGAAGCAAUGGAGUUACUGUCUGACAAGGAGCCUGGUGAAAGUGUUAUACGUCCAAGUUCUCGGGGACCUUCAUUUUUGACUUUAACUCUUAAAGUUUAUGAUGAUGUUUAUGCUCACAAGGACAUUGUUGAAGGUGGAAAGGAUCACAAGGAUAUAACAAGCUUGCUUCGAAUAGGGAAGACACUGAAAAUUGGAGAGGAUACAUUUGAAGAUUUAGAUGAGGUAAUGGAUCGUUACGUGGAUCCAUUAGUAUCCCAUUUGAAGGCAAUGCUAAACUACCGCAAGUUCAAGAAGGGCAAUAAAGCAGAAGUUGAUGAGUUCCUAAGGAUUGAGAAAUCGGAGUACCCAAUGAGGAUUGUGUAUUGCUUUGGGAUAUCCCAUGAACAUCCUGGCACAUUCAUACUGACUUAUAUACGUAGUUCAAAUCCACAUCAUGAGUACAUAGGUAUUUAUCCGAAGGGAUUUAAGUUCCGAAAAAGAAUGUUUGAGGACAUUGAUCGCGUUGUAGCAUAUUUUCAGAGACACAUUGAUGAUCCACAUGAUUCGCCAUCUAUUCGAUCAGUUGCUGCUAUGGUGCCAAUUAGAAGUCCUGCAACUGGGGGCUCAUCGGGGUUUGGCAGUGGUUGGGGUGGUUCAGGGAAUGAUGGUGGAUGGAGAGGAGGCCAGUCUUCAGACAGAGAUAGAACUUCGGGAGGGAGAGGUGACUACAGAAAUGGUGGCAAUCAGGAUGGGCAUCCAAGUGGAGCACCUAGACCAUAUGGUGGGCGUGAUGGUGGGCGCGGCCGAGGCCGUGGGCGUGGGCGUGGCCGAGGUGGCAGAGGCAAUGACAGGCAGGAUUCGGACCAUGGAUCACAGAAGUGGGGUUCUAAGGAUGGUGAUGAUGGUGGCGGAUGGAGUAGUUUUCCUGGAGCAAAAGUUCAGAAUUCACCAGGCCGGGAAGCUUUCCCUGGUAGCUGGGGGGCUGGAAGUGGUGGUGGAAGCGGAGGCAGUGACUGGGGCAACUCUGGUGGCGGCUGGGGGCAGGGAAGCGGCGGCGGUGGUUCAGAUGAUGUUGAUGAUGCAGGUGGUGGUAAAUCCGGAUGGGGUGGCAGCAAAAAGAGUUCCGGACAAUCACAAUCUGGUAAUGAUGGAUGGGCCGGUGGCAGCAGCUGGUGAACGUUGAUUCCCAAGUAUCUAACUCCGCUUGGAAUAUAGUGGAUUUAAGCUUUGAUUAGCUGGUGGAUGAGCUAAUUAAUUUUGUAAUACCAUUGUCGCUAGACGUGGCAUAUUUCCCAUUGCUAUGUAUGCAAACACCUAAUCCUUUUAGUUAUUUCAAUGCAAAUUGGUGGUUUUAUCUGUC